AUGCAAGAUUAUCCGAAAGUGAAGGGAAUUUUCACUCAAGUAAAACUUUUGUGUGGACAAUUGAAAAAGAAUAUAAAUGAAGCUGAACAUGAUCUUAUUCGUAUUGAGUUUAUUAAUCCAAAAUUGGGUAUCAACAAUAGGCAAGAAGUCUCAUUCAUGUAUGCACAAUUAUUUAAAGAAAUUUUGCUCGUGUGGUCGGAUCAUGAUGGCAUUAUAGCUUUCAAAACAAUGAUUGCAUUUUGUCGAAAUCAAUAUCAAUUUAAUCCUAGUGAACUCGAAUUAAUUAAUGCAUUUGAAAGUAGUUAUAAUCCAUCGCAAGUAGUUUGGUGGUAUACACAAGAAUGUUUUUUAUAUAAAAUGCUCAACAAAGCACUUCGUGUUCAAACACAUACAAUUAUUUACACAUUUCGUUCAUUUAUUCUUCAUUUACAUACGCAACUCAAACAACUUGCUACUACUCGUAAAGAAACGAUAGUGCUCACUUUGUAUCGUGACCAAAGCCUAUCGAAUGUGGAUUUCGAAAAAUUAAAGAAAAAUCACCAUGGACUUCUUUCGUUCAAUGCGUUUCUUUCUAUCAGUGCGAACAAAAAUGUCGCUCUGAAUUUUGCUCGUCAAUCUGCAGAAAAACAAAGUAUAAUAGGAGUGCUAUUGUGA